UGGAGGCACUGUCUUUACCGCGAGUCUUGAACAUACCUGGAGAAGACGAGGCUCGUUAGCAGUUAGCUGCCUAUCGACUGCUAUUAAAGAUGCAACUGGCUUUAAGUAAAACGUUCGGUCAGAAGCCAGUGAAAUUUCAGUUGGAACAAGAUGGGGAUUUUUACAUGGUUGGAUCGGAGGUUGGAAACUAUUUACGCAUGUUCAGAGGCUCUUUGUAUAAGAGAUACCCAUCUUUAUGGAGGAGGCUGGCGUCUGUGGAUGAACGGAAAAAAAUUGUGGCAUCAUCACACGCCACGAGUGUUACCCUGCUGAAGGCAUCAGAAUGUGAAGAGAUCUUUGAGGGCAAUGACGAGAAGUACAAGGCAGUGUCCAUCAGCACAGAGCCCCCAGCUUACCUCAGAGAGCAGAAAGCAAAGAGGAGCAGUCAGUGGGUCCCCACGCUUCCCAACAGCUCUCACCAUCUAGAUGCUGUGCCUUGCUCCACCACGAUCAACCGCAACAGAUUGGGUCGUGACAGGAAGAGGACCUUCCCCUUGUGCUUUGAUGACCAUGACCCUGCAGUGAUCCAUGAGAACGCAGCCCAGGUCGAGGCUCUGGUUCCCAUUCGUCUUGACAUGGAGAUCGAUGGACAGAAACUGCGAGAUGCCUUCACAUGGAACAUGAAUGAGAAACUCAUGACCCCAGAGAUGUUUGCGGAGAUUUUGUGUGAUGACCUGGACCUGAAUCCUCUGGCCUUUGUUCCUGCCAUUGCCUCAGCCAUUCGUCAGCAGAUUGAGUCCUACCCCGCUGACAGCAUACUAGAAGAGCAGGCAGACCAGAGAGUCAUCAUCAAGCUGAACAUCCAUGUGGGGAAUAUCUCGCUAGUGGACCAGUUUGAAUGGGACAUGUCAGAGAGGGAAAACUCCCCGGAGUCAUUUGCGCUGAAGCUUUGCUCUGAGCUGGGUUUGGGAGGAGAGUUUGUGACCACUAUCGCCUACAGCAUUCGAGGUCAACUCAGCUGGCACCAGAGGACGUAUGCCUUCAGUGAGAAUCCACUCCCCACAGUAGAGAUCGCCAUCCGCAAUACUGGAGAUGCGGACCAAUGGUGCCCCCUGCUGGAGACUCUCACAGAUGCUGAAAUGGAGAAGAAGAUCCGAGACCAAGACAGGAACACAAGGCGUAUGAGGAGACUGGCCAACACUGCUCCAUCAUGGUAGAAAGAGACAGGGUGAAGAUACUGAAGUGGACACUCGUUGUCUUUUGUUGUCCUGCAAAUGGGUAUUUCUGUAAGAAAUGUGUGGUCACAUCAUUGACUGACACACACACACACACACACACACACAUCCAUAUGUUCAGAGAUGCGCAUUAUAAUCAUUUCACUACUCGUCAUGUCAUUAACUCAAAUGUGAGCCCACGUCACUAUUAGAUGUGUUUCACAUAAAGGGUUAAUGUGAUAUCUCAUUACAUACCACGCCACGUUCACACUACACAAAAGAGCACACCAGUACAAUGACUGAUGUCACAUGAGUAUGAAUGGUCAGUGAGAUUACGUGUUGUGAUGAGCGUUGGAUUGACAUUGUCACACUAUUACAUUCUUACGUCUCAUGAACGAGGUUUGUCUCUUACUCUGUUUGCUGAAUCGUCAGCGAGUGAGAUAGUCGUCGUCCCGUCCUACAAACAUCUUGAACAGCGUUAUACCGGAGGUUUCUUUCAGAGCUGGUGAUUGCACCUCUUUGGAAAGACGAAACCAUGACUACACAUAAGAACAUGAAAUUAUGCUGUUAAAUUAUGCCACUUUUCCACUACACAGUCCCAGCACAGCUUUUUGCUUUACCAUCAGUGAUAGUACCUGGUACCUGGUACCGGCGAGGUUCCAAGCAAUUUGAGCUGAUGCUAUGUGUGAUGUCAUCAGACUGCCGUCCACUGAUUGGUCAGAAUGUCGUCACAGGAAGAGUCUUGAGCAUCACAUCAGACACUGCCAAACUGUAGAUCAAUUAAAAAGACCUAAAAACCUGCAACAAACUGAUUCUAAAGAUUCAGUUACACUGAAAACAACUGCUUUACUAGUCACUAGUUUGUGUCAUAUGUAAGUUGAGUUGAGCUGCGCCGGGACUUUGCAGUGGAAAAGUACAUCUUAAGAAUAUGUUUACUGCUUCAUCUUUACCAUAUACAGUAAAAGCAAACUGAAGUUUCUGUAAACUGCUCCCUCUCCUAAACCUGAAACCUCCACAGACGCCGUGCACCCUUCGAGCAGAUUUCAGAAUUCACGGAUUCAGAGAAAGGAAAACGAGUCAUGGUGUUACACAUUACUGGAAUGACCUCUGCUUUAGAUGAAUGUCAUGUUCACAUUAGAAUACAUGUUUUUACUGUCGGGUACUGAUUAUGCAGUGUCCAUCAUUUUACUGAGUGGUCGAUACAAAUGUACUGUCACAGCUUUACCGUCUCAUCUCGCCGUUGUAUUUAAUGCUGCUUCAUCAAGAAAAGUGAGCUUGUUUGUUUGUUUUUCCAAACACUGUAACCUGUUUUGUUGUUUUUUUAAGUAAACAUUUUGAGUUUUUGUUUUUGCUGUGAUCUGUGUUAAUGUAGUAAAACUAAUGUCUCAUAGAAUUGUGAAGUUUGUAAGCAGAUAAGCAGAUGUUGGUAGGACUGCAUCCACUGCAUCCACUUUCAUUGUACAGUGUUGACAAUGCCAAUAAAGAUAUUCUAUUCUA